CCCUCUGCCAUCCCCCGGCCGCUCUCCCCCGCAGCCGCUGGGGCUCGUCCCGCGGCCGCGCACCUGGGCGCGGUGGGGUGCGCGCGGCGGUCCGCGGCGCUGCCAGGGCGGGGGUGACUCACGCUGCCGCCAACGGCAGCCCCCGGCUUUAUAACGGCUGAGGCGGCCGCCGCGCCCGGCUCCGCUGCGCCGCGCUGCGCCCGCGGGGAGCGCAAGAGUCCGCGGCCGCGGGACGGCACCAUGCGGAGCUUGCGCGGCGCUCCGCCGGUGCUGCUGCUGCUGCUGACACUGCUGCUGGCCGCGGGGCACGGAGCCGUCAUCACCGGGGCCUGCGACCGAGACCAGCAGUGUGGAGGAGGGAUGUGCUGUGCAGUCAGCCUCUGGAUCCGCAGCCUGCGAAUGUGCACGCCAAUGGGAAAUUUGGGAGAGGAGUGCCACCCCUUGAGUCACCGAGUUCCCUUCUCUGGGCGGCGGAUGCACCACACCUGCCCAUGUCUCCCUGGCCUGGCCUGCCUACGGACUUCUCCCAGCAAAUUCAAAUGUUUACCGGACUUCAGAAAAGAAGAUGUCUUUUUUUAGCAGGAGCUAUUUGGUGCUAGAAAGAGCCACUCGCUGUAUUCUUUUUCUUGUUAUUGUGAUGAACAAGGUACUCGCCAGGAGAAGCCCUUGACCAUACCUUCCUGCCUCACCAACAUUAAAACUGGAGAUGAGAUACUGUUCUGUAGUACCCAAGGUUUUCAGGAGGGACUCGUAGUGGUGGAUGCUUUCAUUUUGGGGUGAGCAAACUGAGAUUUGCUAAGCUGGCACUGCUUUCUGAGGGCAGGAGCUAAACGAUUUAUGAAUCAUCUUGUGGUCUUCAUCAUUCUUAAUCCCAGAAUGAAAAUAUCCAAGAUUAUUAUCAGUUGUGGAAAAUUUUGGCCAUGUUUUUACACUUUAGAAUGCCUGAAUUGAACUGAGAGUCGAAUAACUGGAUAGUGUGAAGCAUAUGAUGAUCGCCAAAAUCCCCCUGUCUUUACAUUACAUUUCAUAUCUUUAUUAAUGUAACUGUAUUUCUAAGUUAGGUGCAUCUCUAGGGUAAAAGUUUAGCCAAUAGAUGUAGAUUUUACACUUUUAAAAAGUGGCAGGUGGAACCAAAGCAUUUCAAUAUUUAAAGCAUUAAACAAUUUUGUUAUUUUAGUAUUCUAAGACGAGAAGUUGUUGUUACUUGAGUUGGUGUAAAACUACCUGAUCAUCUCAAACUAUGUAUUAAGAUGUAGUUUAUAUUAAAAAAGGAACCCUGAAGUUUAUUGUAAUGGGCUGCCUGACUUCUUGUAUAUGUAUCAAAUUUGCUGUGUAAAAAUUCUGUAUCAGAAUAAUGGCAGUAUAUUAUUUGACUUAUUUUAAUAUUAUAACUUUAUUUUGUCA